CUUUAUCGUGCUAGAUUAUCUCCCUUUACAUAUUUGAUGUGAUCCUUUUGUUUUUUAAGUUAUGAUUUGGACUUUGUGCUUAAAUAGCAAUGUAGCCGCAGUGGUUAUGUUAGGUGAUGUUGACUGUCAGCAGAUUAACCAAACGACAAAUGUUCCAUCACAAGGAAAUGUGUACCAUGAGUGAAUCUUUUUCAGCAGUUGAGCAGGAAGUUGACGUUGGGGAACAUCAAUGCAGUUUUUGUGAGAAGUCAUAUAAAACUGCAAAGAGUUUACGAGCCCAUGUAAAGUGUCACACUGGCGAGGGCUACCAGUGCCGGUUUUGUUUGAUGUUUUGUACUGCUCCAUCAACUCUCGAACGACACAUGAAAACACACACUGAGCAACAGUCAUGUUCGUGUGUUGUGUGUGAUCGACAGUUUGUAGCUCCCAAGAAUCUGAAGUGGCAUGUGCGAGCUGUCCACGGUGGUGAUGUGAACAUUCUGAUGAAAUCUCUAGGUGAACAGUACGGAUGCAUUGAUUUGUCAUCCACUUUUCCAUGUCAGUUUUGUGAGAAAUCAUACGCACAGAUCAAGUCGUUGAAAAAACAUUUGAUUUCCGUGCAUGGUUACGACGGAGACCACAUUACUGUUACUGCCAGCACCACAAAGAGCACUGCCAUUGGAGACGGUGUGAAUUCAUCUCAUAAUGAAUGUUUCGUGUUCUACCCCAGCAAGACUGCCGGUCCCUCUCCCACGGAGAACUCAACGCCAGAAGUACUGUACACCUGUGAGCUGUGCCCCGAGGACCAACUGUUCCCGACUUUAGAGAGUGUUUUGGCCCACAUGCAGGUUCAUCAGUCGGAAACAAGUGAAAACACAACACAAAAUGGUCAAAGUACAUCCCAUGAAAAUCAGACAAUUGACAAUUUGUGUUUAUCCCCAAAGGAAGGUGAAUCAACCAUUCAGGAUUCACCUCCAUUGUUAAAAAACAUUGAAAAUGUGAAUGAUGUUGAUCCUGAUACAUUACCUCAGUUGAUUCACAUGCCUCAGGUACAAGAGAACAGUAUGGUGUCUGUAGAAAAUAGUGACACAAAUGGACUUCUAAUUGUAGGCAGCCAUCCAGAAACAGCUACAGCUAAGUGCAGUACUAUUAUGAUGCUUACAGAGAAUGAUGACGAGUGUUCAGAUUUCAGCGAUGGAUACGAGGAAUCUGAUAGUGUUGGUGUGGGACCAGUUGGUUCGGUUGAAGACGAGUCUGUAUGCAUGAAACAAGAAACACUUGAGUCUGACUCAUUACCUAGCAAUGAAGAUAUGCACAGUGUGAGUGAUAAAUCAUCCAGGUUAGCAAAUUCUUACUCCAUACUUGGGUAUGACAAGAAUCUGCACAUCCUGGAUGUGCAGGAGUUUCAGUGUAAAAACGAAACCAGUACUUGUAGUGUUAAGGUUCUCGAAGUGGAUGCAAGGGAGCUCACUGAGCAAGGCUUUAUUGACGUCUUUGUUAUUAAAAAUGAAAAGCCACCUAGUCCGAGUACCUUACGGAAAGUAGAAGGCAUUGAGUCUUUUGAUAAUAUUUUAAAUGCUACAAUAAAGCAGGAAUGUCUUGAGCCUAGUUCUCCACAUGACGGUAAUGAGAUAUUCAUUCUUGAAAAUGAGGGGAUAAUUCCUGCAAGCAGAUCUAAAAUGAUCACAAAGAAAGACCGCACUAUGAAAAGUCUUAGGUGCACCAUCUGUGGGCGGUGCUUCGAGUCUCGUGAGAGUCUGUAUCAUCACAAGAAGACCAUGCACAUCAAGUCAAACAACCGCUUCAAGUGUCAGCUAUGCAUGAACACGUAUAUGACCUGGUCCUACCUGAAGAAACAUCACCAACGUGUCCAUUAUAACAGGGAGAAGGCUAGGUUCAAGUGUUCUUACUGUCCCGAGGCAUUUCCACAAAGACACAUGCUGAGGAUGCAUGUGAAAAAACACACUGGCCAAAAAGAUCAUGUUUGCGAUGUCUGCAACAAAAGAUUUGCUGAACUCUUUGUUUUGAAUGCGCAUCGGAAACUGGUACAUUUCCCCGAAAAGCUUUACGAGUGUGUAGAAUGCCAGAAAAAGUACAAAUCUUGUGCAGGAUUAAAGAAGCACAUGUUUUCACAUAAUGCAGAAAAGAAGUAUGCUUGUCAUUGUGGGAAAACGUUUUCCAACCCUGAGUCUUUACUGCAUCACGAGAAGCUUCACAGUGACGAGCGACCGUUUGCAUGUGAUCAGUGCAGUAAAGCCUUUGUGAUGAGAGCCACCCUGAAGAAACACAUUAAGCGAGUCCAUGAGAAUGUGAAGAGAAUUGACAUCACCAAGAAACCAUACGUCUGUGACUGUGGGAAGCGAUUUGCCGUUGAAUCUUACCUUACGAACCACAUUGCAUGUUACCAUGCUGACUUCAAACCUCAUGUCUGUCAUCUUUGUCAAAAACAGUUUUCCAAAAGAUUUAUGUUAAAUAAGCAUGUAAAGAAAGAUCACCCAGGAUCUAUUCCUCAGAAAGACAACAAUGUGCCCAAACAAACAGUUCCUUGUGAAACUUGUGGAAAGAAGUUCAUCAGUGUUUACCAUCUGAAUCGCCAUAUGAAGAGAUUUCACCCCAGUGAAGACAAAUCCUCUGAUCUAGAGUCGGAGAAACCAUCAACGUUCGUCUGCCACUGUGGGAAGGAGUUUUCACAGGAGAGGUACCUCAAGUGUCACCUGAUCGUCCACGACCAGCUCAGACCAUUCACGUGUGACGUGUGUGACAAGACCUUCUCCAAGCUCUUCAAGCUUAACAAGCACAUCAAGCACGUGCAUAUGAAGAAAGCUAAACCCGUGGACCCCAACAAGAGCUUCGUGUGUGAGUGUGGGAAGAGGUUCUCCAACAAGAGGAACCUCGCCUGUCACGAGAUCACACACAAGCCUCGCACGGAAUUCAAGUGUCCAGUCUGUGGGAAGGACUUUGGGGCCAAGUAUCUACUCAACAAACAUCUCAGACGAGUCCACGAAGAAGAUCCAAAUGAUUACAGCGAACACUUUAAAUAGUGCUUACUUGCAACAGUAACUUAUCGAGUGCACACCGUUGUAUUGCUUUGCAGUAUAAUUUCUUGCCGUUGCUAUAUACUGAAAUUUAAUGUAUUCUUUCAAAUAUGUAAUUUCUGAAAUAUAUAUAUAUAUAUAUAUUGAAUAUUUU